ACAGAACAAGGCCAAAUCUUCUUAGGAAACAGAUGAGAAUCUCGCUCGACACUCAAGUUACGUAGGAAGUGUUGUCUCAAAAUCAGCCCAGCUCUGCCCUAAUCACAACCGACUUGCCCACUGAAUUAAAAGUAUCUCCGUUGUUCGUGGUCCAGGCACAAUAACACAUCUCAUCUCAUCAUACCAACGGUCCAAUCUCCGAAGAAACCUGUCGUGAAGUGGAUCGUUCCCUUUUCAGCAACAUAAUGAGAGGAUUGGUCGUGAUAAGUGGCCUCAUCUCGGCCCUCUAAAUCGGGGGCACACAUUUUCGUGGUGAUUGUGACUGGCCAUGGGAUCGGCCGAGCGUAUUGGUAGUGUUCUGCGAUUUGAGGAGCGCCGUUUGUCCACGUUCCAAAAUUGGCCCGCUAACGCCAAAGUUGACGCUCGUAAAAUUGCCAAGGCCGGUUUUCACCACACGGGUCGCGAGGCUCAGGUCAAGUGCGCUUGGUGCGGUUGCGUGUUAAGUGAGUGGAAUUAUGGGGACCAAGUUAUGGCCCGCCACCGUGCCGCCAAGCCUAGCUGCCCGUUUGUUCUGAACAAGUCCGAUAACGUGCCCUUAUUGAGCAUGAACCAGCACCCCGAUCCCAAUGCGGAUCCGGAGCCGCGAGCCUCCAGUUCCCCGGAUCAGGAGGACUUUCAAGCGGUGUCGGAUCCACCAAGUGAUAAUGAUAUCUAUGUGGCCAAUGGCAACGAGGCCGAACGUAUGGAAGGUGGUGAAGAAGAGGAUGUGGUGUCGUUUCAAUCGCUACCCCCACCAUUGCACACGAUGCGAGCCUCGGAUCCGGAAAACUUGGUUAUGUCCGCCAAUUUGAAGGAAGAGGCCAAACGGCUCCGAACAUUUAUCAAUUGGCCGAAUACCCGGAUCCAUCCCAAAGAUUUGGCCAAAGCCGGAUUCUACUAUACCGGAGUUCAAGAUUGCGUGCGAUGUAUCUUUUGCGGUGAAUACGUGGGCCAUUGGGAUCCGAACGAUGAUCCUGCUCGAGAGCACAGAGCAAUAUUUCCGCAAUGUCCUUUCGUACAAGGUCGGGAUGUGGGCAACAUCCCUUUGCCCUCAUCUGAGACCCAAUCAUCUGGCGAUGAAAUGGCGGAUGAUCCGUUCCCAACCACGUCCUCGGAAAGACCGCCCUUACCCAAUGGAUCAACGCUUGCUUACGAUCUUGCUCCGUCCAGUUCUAGACUCUCAGCUUUAGCUGCGGGUGAAGAUGACGCCGGUAUUCGACCGCGUCCGCCCGUCAAAGUGCCACCUCCAAUAUUCUGGAGUAGUGCGUUUCCUAGCAAACCUAUGGAUACGAACGGUAUUAUCCAUCACUCGGGUCCUACCAAUUCGAAGUUUUCAACCCUGGAGGCCCGACUCCGCACUUUUAGAGAGUGGCCUCCUGCUUUAAGACAAAAACCCAAGGACAUGGCCGAAGCGGGUUUCUUUUAUAUUGGCUUGAGCGAUCAAGUCAAGUGUUUCUAUUGUGAUGGGGGCCUACGGAAUUGGCAAGCCGAGGAUGAUCCUUGGACUGAGCAUUGUCGCUGGUUCUCAAAAUGCGGAUUUGUUCGGCUCAUCAAAGGAGACGAGUUCAUUGCCAAAUGUGUGUCAGAAAAGCCACCAGAGGGUCUCUCAAAGGCUUCGGGAGCAAAAAUGUCGUCCGAUAGGGUAAAUGUCGCGUACACUGAAGAAGACAUGAAGCGCUAUAUGCGAUCCCCGUUUGUUCAAGAAGUAUUGGGCAUGGGCAUUGAUCUGUCUCGGGUGAAAGUCGCCAUUCGGAAUCGAAUUCGUUCAACAGGUCGAGAAUUCACCUCGGUCGAUGAUCUUAUUAAUGCCGCUUUUGGUGUUCAUCGAGAGCAAGAGGAUGUGGCCCAUCUAGAUAACAACUCAUCGCCCUCACCUUUUGCUUCCAAUAAUCCAUCUCGACAAAACAGCUUUACCCAGCAAGGUUCUGUCGACAUUGAGCCGUCUCCGAGCGGGUCCGACGAAACUGGAAGCCAUUCUAUUCAAGUCAGUCAAGAGCCGUCAACGUCUUUUAGUCGGAAUAGUGCGCCCCCACCUCCGUUAACCUCUAGUUUGUCUGUGCCGAAUGUUUCGGCCACGGCGGAAUCCAACGAAGCGUGCCCUCAAGUUCCUGUCAAAAGCAUUACGCCAACGCCUGAAGUAAUGAAAACGAAAAGUCUGGGAAAUCCCAUGACCGAGGAUCUGCUUGGGCAAGAUCAAUUGGAACAAGAGAACCGACGGCUAAAAGAGCAACGGACAUGUAAAAUUUGCAUGGAUAACGAAAUUGGUGUAGUGUUUCUGCCCUGUGGGCAUCUGAUUUGUUGUGUCCAAUGCGCGCCUGCCCUGAAAGACUGCCCUUUAUGUAGGCAGUCCAUUGUCGGUACUGUAAAAACUUACAUGUCAUGAAUCUGAACAAUAAAGAGUAUAGGGCUUGUUCUUCA